UUUUGUGCUGAGGCACAGACUUUUGGGAAAUACUUGUGGAAUCAUGGAAAUUGCAGAAAUGAAUUUUGACCAAAGCUAUUUAAGAUCUAGUCUGAUCACCAGAGCACCGUAUACAACGCUGACUAAACUUCUACAAAAGUGGGCCACUGUACAGCCAAAACACGAAGCAUGUGUCUUCUACACCUUUAGCAAACCAAGAAUUUCUAUCACCUAUGAAAAACUAUACCAGGAUGCAGUAAUGCUGGCAAAAGGGCUUCUAAAGCUUGGGAUACACAAGGGCGACAUAAUAGGAAUAGGUGGAAACAACAGUUUAGAAUGGCUGGUGAGUACAUUAGGUACACAGCUCGCUGGAGCACGCCCCUUGCACUUCAACUUUCACGACAAAUCUGGAGAGAGCUUACAAAGAGUUAUCAGCCAAGUCGGAGGAUGUAAAAUGCUCAUUUUUGAUCCGGGAGAUAAAGACGUUCAUUGGGAAAUAUGUCAGAAAUUCCUGCAAGUUGAUUCAAAAACUGGUGUUGUCGAUUCCGACAAACUAUCAGUAAAAUGGGUCGCAUUACAAACGCCCCUAGAAUCCUCUAAGGUAUGUUUUACAAUUGAAGACGUAUUCAGCAAAGAGAAUAUCAAGCUACCGGAAGUAGACCCAGAUGACACAGGUGCUAUUAUUCUGACAUCCGGGAGUACAGGGUUUCCAAAAGCUGUAGAGUAUAGUCAUUAUCGUUUAAUUGAAACUGCAUAUAAUUUCUUGCAUGUAGUCGGCUGGGAUGACAAAAAAGAUGGGCAUCUUUCGUUGUACAGUGAUCGGCCAUUUUACUGGUUAGGGGGGUAUCCUUUUAUAGCCGUUGCGGUAGGAGGAACACAUAUAACCCAGGCCAACACACUUGCUUUUCCAAAUAUAGCAGAAUCUAUGAAAUACACUUCAAGUAUUAUAGAGAAAGCAAAGCCUAAAAUCGCCGUUAUUCUUGUUCCUUUCCUUUUGGAGUUACUGAUGUCAAAAGAUUAUUCUUGGAAAAUUCGAACAGUGAUCACAGGGGGUCAGCCUGUUCCAGCUUCAUGCCUGGAAGCCAUCGGGAAAAGGUACGAUACCCUUUCAGUUAUCUACGGCUCGACAGAAGCAGCUUUUAUAGCUGGGAGGAUGUAUAGUUCGCCUAAUGACAAAUAUAUUGGUCUAUCGCCGUUCCCUGGGGUGGAACUGAAAAUUGUAGGGAAGGAUGGAAUGAUGGUUCCAAUUGGAACGAAAGGCGAGCUGCUAUCGCGCACUUGUUUACCAUUUCCAGGUUACAUCAAUGAAGCAGAAAAAACCGCGGCUGUUAUCACUCCUUCUGGUUGGUAUAAAACAGACGAUUUCGGGCAUAUUAAUUCUGCUGGUUGCCUUGAAGUAUUCGGCAGAGUGUCUGACGUGAUGGAAAUCUCCGGAGCUAAGGUUCUACCAUCCUAUCUCGAAGAAAUUAUCAAAAGAAAUCCCAAUGUUAAGGAAGUGGUGGUCUUCUCCAUAAAAGAUGAAAUACACUGUGACGACAUUCCCUGUGCAGCUGUCGUUAAAAAGGACGGGGUUACCUUGACUGAGGAAUCCCUCAAGGAUUUUAUCAAACAAGAGCUCAAUCUUUCUGAGGAGGCCAGGUUCAUGGAACAUAUUUAUGUUCCGAAGUACAUUGUGUUUCAAGAGAAGCUACCAAAAACUACCACAGGAAAGAGUGAUAGGAAGAUGACAAAGAGCGUUUCUCUACCAUUCAUCAAACAAGCCUGAAUUUAUUAUGCAGAGUUUGUUUAAAAAUAUGCCAAUCUUGGUAUAUCCAAAAUAAUGGAAUAUAAUUUACCCCGCAAUUGGAUUUAAAAUGUAAAUAUAAAUGAGAUCUAUAACAAGAAGAACACUGGGAAUAUCCUAAUGUAUGUCUUAUUUACUUAUAAUCAGACCUGUCAAAACAAUUAUUAAAUUAUUAAUCAAAUCAAUAUUUUCAAAAUGUGAAAAGAAAGGAAAAUUGUGCUUACCUAGCUCUCAAAUCUGUACAAAUUUAUACAUGUAUACGUACAAGUGUAUAUAGUGAUAUUCCACUAUCAUUUGUAAAUGCAUAUAGUAUUUUGGUCUCCCAACCGAUUCCAUACGCAAGAGCAUGCUCUGAGUUCAAUGAAAUCAACUGACAAAUAAGCUGACGUUACAGGGAUUUUAACAACUACACUGUACUUUUAAAGUCAGAAUUUUGCAAAUUAUAUGGUUACUAUAUUGCAAAUCGUUGAAUUGUAUUCAUACAAACUUGUGUUAGGGUUUUAGACAAGGAGGAGUGCUUUUGGUAUUUUCAUAUUGUGUAUUUAUCAUGCAAUGAAUUGUUAGAUUUACUUGAACGUACAGAACACAAUUUUUAUAAUGUUAAAUCAACAAAUCCAACACUAGCUGAGUGCAACUACUGCUUUACAAAAAAAAAUGUUAGAUUGUGCCUAUGUCUAUG